GGUUGUAGUCUCUCCACAGAGCAGAGGCAGCAACGUCGUGCGAGGUGGAAGGGACCUGGCUGAGUUUUCAUGUUGGCACAGUAGCCUAACCAGCAGUCUGGUCGGAUACAGAUAAUGUAGACUUGUGGCUUUGGUAACAGAAGGGCAACAUGUGUGGAUUCAAUUGGUCAUGCAAUGAGUCAGUAUGCAAUGUUGUUGUAAUGGUCCUGAGUCUGUAACCGGUAGACAUGCUUGGAGGUGCCGUCUUCGUCAGGCGUUAUUACCGCAGAUCCACUAACCGGGAAAGUUGUUCUGUUUGAUUUGAAAAAAAUAUGCAUCUGUUCCGGAGUUACAAUUAUCGAGUUUUCCCGGAUCGUUAUUCUGUGGAAACAUCGAGCAUUCGAGGCAUCAGUUGGGUAUACCCCCUGCCAGAGGCUCUUGACACACAGGACACCAUGAAACAGUUUCUGUCUGAUCGUAUUCUGAAAGCAGCGAGGGUGGUGUACAGUGCCUUGAUAGAGCGUAACCCUGACCUGAUCAGAGACAGAAAGCAUCACCUGAAGAGCUACAGACAAUGUUGUUCGGGGAAAGAUCUUGUUGAUUGGCUGAUGAAGCUAAACAAAUACCUCCAAUCAAGGAGCCAGGCAGUUGGAAUGUGGCAAGUCCUGGUGGAUGAAGGAAUCAUUGUCCAUGUGAAGCAAGAGUUAAACUUCCAUGACAAAGACACUCAAUUUUACCGCUUCCUGGAUUCGGAGUUUGGACUGAACCACUUGACUAAUGAGAAGAAUGCACUGAAUCACACAGCCAAUGAGAAUCUCUACCUGAAACACACAACCCAUGAGAAGGACCAAUCAGACGAAGAGCUGCAGGAGGGUUUGUCGUUAUUACUCCAGAUGGGUCCAGAUGCUCUUCUGACCAUGAUUUUACGUAAAUGCCCUAGCCAGCGAAGUGCUGAGGACCUGGAAGUGAUCUAUGAGGAGCUGCUUCAUGUCAAGGCUGCUGCUCAUCUCUCCACCUCCGUGCGUAAGGAGUUGGCAGCAGUGUUGGUGUUUGAGUCCCAUGCCAAAGCAGGCACAGUAUUGUUCAGUCAGGGAGACAAAGGUACUUCCUGGUACAUCAUCUGGAAGGGCUCAGUCAAUGUCAUCACACAUGGAAAGGGCCUGGUGACAACGUUACAUGAGGGAGAAGACUUUGGGCAGCUGGCCCUGGUGAACGAUGCUCCCAGAGCAGCCACCAUCAUCCUGAGAGAGGACAACUGCCACUUCCUACGAGUCGACAAACAGGACUUCAUACGCAUCCUCAAGGAUGUGGAGGCUAACACUGUGCGUCUGGAGGAACAUGGAAAAGCUGUGCUGGUGCUGGAGAAGGCUGAGUCGACCAAUCAGGGAGGGACAGGAAACAUCAGCAAGUAUACGGUGAUGUCUGGAACACCAGAGAAGAUCCUAGAACACCUGCUUGAGACAGUGAAGUUGGAUACUAAUGGCAAUGAUGCUAUAGAUCCCUGCGUGAGUGACUUCCUACUGACCCACAGGGUCUUCAUGCCCUCCAGCCAGCUCUGCCCGGCCCUACAACAGCAUUACCAUGCCGAGCCGUCUGAGGGCUCAGAGCUGGAGAAGGCAGCCUACGCCCUCAACACCAAGCAAAAGAUAGUGAAGCUGAUUGGCCAGUGGGUGGCGAUGUUCAGCCAGAUGCUCAAAGACGACCCCAUCGCUGUUGACUUCCUGGAGACGCUGAGGAAAGAGGUGUCAGGUGACUCCCGUCUGUCCAGUAUGCUGAGAGAGCAGCUCAGAGACAGGAGGAGAACCAGAGUGCUGGAAAAUGGUUUUGGGUCACUGGCAAGGUUUGACUGGUUCUCCAGUUGUGAGGAGCCAGUAGGGAAGUGCCUGCCAAUCAGAUCACAGGACAAAGUAUUGUAUGAGAUAUUUCGGCCAGACCAUACGUCAGUCACGCUGAUGCUGCCGGUGAACACCUCUGUUCAGGAAGUGAUGUCAUCGCUGGUAAACCCAGGAGGAGACCACGUCCUGGUCAAAAUGAAUUCCAAGGGAGACAGGACUCAGCUGAAGCUGGAUACCACAGCAGUCUACACCUCCCUGGGGCUGAAUGAGAGACUGUUCCUCUGCUCUGCCAGCCAGGUGGAACAACUGACACCCCUGGAGGAGCAGCAGGGUCCUGAUCAGAGCACCAUGGACACUUGGGAGCAGAUGUGUCCCAAGGACAUCGCCAGCCAGCUCACCAACUACGACUGGGAACUGUUCACCGCCAUGCACGAGGUGGAAUUAGUCUACUAUAUAUUUGGGCGACAUAAAUUCCCAGGUGCCACCACAGCUAACCUGGAGCGUUUCGUGCAUCGCUUCAACGAGGUGCAGUACUGGGUGGUGACAGAGGUGUGUCUGUGUACUGACCUGGUCAAGAGAGCCAUGCUGCUCAAGAAGUUCAUCAAGAUAGCCGUCAUAUUGAAGGAGCAGAAGAACCUAAACUCGUUCUUUGCGGUGAUGUUUGGUCUGAGUAAUAGUGCUGUACAGAGACUUUACAAGACCUGGGAGAGAGUGCCGAGUAAGACGAAAAGGGUCUAUUGUGCAUACGAGAGGUUAAUGGAUCCGUCACGUAAUCACAGAGCGUACAGACUGGCUGUGGCAAAGCUCAGUCCUCCCUACAUCCCCUUCAUGCCCCUGCUACUCAAAGACAUGACAUUCAUCCAUGAGGGAAACAAGAACUACACGGACAAACUGGUCAAUUUUGAGAAAAUGCGCUUGAUUGCUAAGACAGUGAAGAUAGUUAGAGGGUGCAGAAGCACGCCUUACGUGCCCUCAUCACCUCAGAAGGGACUUGCAGACAGAAUGUUUCUGGAGGCCCCUUCCAUUCGGCUGUCCACAUAUUCCGAGCAAUCCCCCCCUCUCAGGAAUCCUAGCAACAUCCGCCACUAUGUUCGGAACUUUGAAGUGAUCGACAACCAGCACAAACUGACACAACUGUCCAGAGCAAUGGAGCGCUGAACCAAACCAGUGUAUAAAGACUGUUUUAUUACAGCCUGUGAAUCAGAGGUUGGCAGGGGAAUACACACCUCCACGGUCAUACUAAUCCACAUGCAAGAUCUUCUAUAGACUCAUGUACAUGUCUGGUGUCAGGAAUGGAGGACUGUGGGGAUGUUUCUGGGAUGGUCAAUAUCACACAGAGAGCAUUGAAGAGAAGCAGCUCGUUGGACUACUCAUCAAUAGGACCUGAGGAGGGAUCUGACUGGCAGUAUUUAGUGACCUCUAACGUCUUACCAGAUAAGUUGUUUGUCCUCACCGACCACUGUUACUGAUAUGACAGUGCGGCGCUGCAACCUGAGGAAGAAGUAUAUACAUUUGGCAUUAUCUGUUAUUUAUACGAUAAUUUGUAUAGUAUACUAUUUGUAAGAUAAGCGUAUGGUUUUACAAGUGAGUGCCCUAAAAGCACAUGCAAUAGUUCUAUGCUAUAGCUCCUAGUUAUGGUGUUUGUUUUGGUAUUUUUCUCCACUUUGUAAUACAACUAUAAUUGAACAAUAAAUUGUUGAGCAAUCAGUUGUUGCCAAACCGCAUAAACAAAUGUGUAAAACAUUUCAUGCCAUGGGCAAGUUUAUUUUUUAAAAUAAAUUAUUUUCAGAACUGUG